AAGAGGCCGAGGGAACCUGUUAAAAUGCUCCUGUCCGUGUUGGCUGUGAUCCUGUGGGCGCGCACUGCCGGGCUCAGCGCGAGCGCGGCGCUCAUGACCUUUCAACACCGAGACGCGAGCACGGGCUUGGCGGUAGUAUGUGACCGCUGCCCCCCGGGGAAAUGCCUGCAGGCGCCCUGCACGGCCACGACGAAGACGGAGUGCGCGCCGUGCCCGACGGGCUCCUUCACGGAGCUGUGGAAUCACGUCACGAAGUGCCUCCGCUGCUCCAUGUGCGGACACAACCAGGAGGUGACGCGGCCGUGCAGCGCCGAGCGGGACUGCAGCUGUCAGUGUAAGGAGGGCUUCUACUUCCAGAAGAAGUACGAAAUGUGCGUGAAGCACACCGACUGCCCGCCCGGACACGGAGUCCUCAUCAAAGGCACGGCACAGCAGGACACGGUGUGCCAGCUCUGCCCCCGAGGUUCCUUCUCCGAUCAGGCGUCGUCGCUGCAGAACUGCACGCUGCACCGUGGCUGCGACGCUCCGGGCCAGCGGCUGCUGCUGAAGGGCUCCACGUGGCACGACAGCGUGUGCACGACGUGCGAGGAGCUCGGCUCUCGAGACGGAGCAGACUACCUCCGGGAAAUCCUCCCGGCUUUCUUCGUCCAUCAGAAGAUGCCCAUCAAGCGUCUGCAACGGCUCUUGCACAAGCUGCCGCCCCAGAACGGCAUGAUACCGCAGAACAAGAUCUCGACGCGCAGUCGGAGGGAUCUGUACGCGAUGAUCAACACGUGGAUGGUGAACGUCAGCACGGAACAGCUUCGGCAACUUCCGAUGACGCUGACAAAGAUCAGAGCAAAAAACCCGGCCAGGAAACUGGAGAACAAGCUGCGGCAAAUCGACUCCGCCUUGGCCAGCCCCUGCGUGACUGACAGUCCGCUGGUGGAGGUGGUGGUGAUGGCUGAAUAGGCAGAGAUGGAAAAUAUGUUUGUUAUGCGUUUGGGAGGAAGCACUUUUUAGCUGGCUUUAUUCAUUUUGAAAAACAUGCAUACUUAUUCUAAAAUGCUGCCCUGUUACUGUGUUCAGACCAAAGGCAAAGUGAGUUUGCCACGCUGCACACUGACAGCAAAUUUGCUCUGAGAAAGAUGCUA